AUGGGGCAUGUUCCCAAGCCUUGCUACGAUACUGCGGCCGCAAAUAGCUACUGCGAUCCUCACGACAUUGACGUGUGGGAUGCCACCUACAUUGAUAAUAUAAGACUGAACUUCUGGAAAAGGUGCAAGGUUUCAAAACUCUUUUGCCAAUGCAUCUUUUCUCCAACGACUAUCGAAAUCCUGGCCACUGACUUCGGCAAGCUUCCCGUCAAGGCUCGUCAGUGGAUCGACACAGUGUCAAGCUACCCGGGCCCCGAGGCUGCUCAGCCUGGAACGGCGGAGAUCACCUUGACUUCCUCGGAGAUUGCGCCGCAAAGUUACCUUAUCUGUAUGGUUCCAAGAAGUCGCUCACAGCUUGGACUGCUGGACCACACCUCGCCCUGCCAAUCUGCCCGAAACCUUUUGUUACAGAGACGCCCUGACGACUCUGAUGCAUGGAGGAUGAGGAAGGGGAAAGAAUCGACGCCUAAGUUGAGGGCUGAGGAGCGAGUUGGGUUGAGAGGGAGCAACACAAAGUCUAGGGUUCAAAGAAGAUUAAGCUCGUGA